AUGCAUGCCGUGUGGAGCUACCCAGCUGCCUCAGAUGUGUGGUCUGAAGGUAAUAGUCCAGUGCAUAAAUUGGGUGUUUUAGAUUUUGGCUUUGAAGAACUGUGGGGAAAGCUUAAUGCUACUCUUAAAAUAGAUGAAGUGGAAAUGGGACUAGCUGAAUACAAGAUGGCCCAGGACCAACUACAGACAAACCAGGUGAGAAGCAAUGCUGAUAGGAGUGUGACUAAAUGGGAAAAACCAGGUGGAUCAGUGAUAAAAGCAAACUGGGAUGCUGCCGUGGAUGCAAAGAACAAAUGCGUGGGAAUUGGAGUGGUUGUCAGGGACUCAAAUGGGGAGAUUCUUGCUUGCCUCUGCUCAAGAUUUGCUCAUAACAGCAACCCGUAUGUAGCUGAAGCUCUGAGCUUAAGGAAGGCAGUAACAUUUUGUAGUGAAAUGGGAUUUUCAGAUGUAGUGUUGGGAGGGGACUCUUUAAUAAUAGUGAAUGCUACUAAGAGUGGGGAAGAAAUAGGGGCUGAAUAUGGUUGUAUCAUUGAUGAUGUGAGGAGAAUUAUGAAUGGGAGAUUGAGUUGGGAUGUUCGGUUUGUGUAUAGAGAGGCUAACAACACUGCACACAAACUAGCAAGAUUAGCUCUUACUGUUGGAGAUGAAAAUGUUUGGAUUGAGGAUAAUCCUGUGGAAAUAGCUAGUGAUAUUCUUGUAGAAAAACUUUGUAACGACUGA